UCGAUUUGUUCUAGCUUGUCGUGCUCACGGAAUUUGAUGUAGUGACUAUACUAACGAUGCUUGACCGGCCGCCAGUAGCCGGUGACUGCGGGAAAGGAAGCCUGCAUCGUCAACUUCACGAACACAAAGCUCCUGGCAGUUCGCAGACUUUGGCAACCUGACUUGCGACAAGGAUGCGUCCUCCAUCGGCAAUAUCAAGCGCGAAACGCUACGAUCACACGACCACUACACUUGACAGUCGACCGAAGAAGCUCACAAGCGAGCUCCUCGACCUUUGGGAGCACGCAGCAGUACUUUACCAUGGGUAUGAGUGGGGACAGGCUGCAGAAGCCUUCCGAGACCUGGCGCGGCGUGUCCCUUCGGAAGAACAUCGCACUCUUUGUGGAUUGAAUGCAACCAUUAUCCAGGCUCGAUUGGGUGAUUAUGCCACCGCUCGAGAGACCCUCAGAGAAGUGGCCCGCAACAACGAGCGGGUCAUGCUGACGCAAUAUCUCAUGGCCAUUCUCAAGUGGGAACUUGGUGACUGCGGUGGAGCACUUCGGUGGAUGUCACUGUGUCGUCGGGAACUGCAAGGCCGAGAUAUCAACUAUGCACCACGUGGUCUGGACUUCACGCUGAGAACGGCCGACGUUCACUGCCUUUGCACGGUUCUGGAAAGAUCCAUUCAUGGCACUGAUGGGCCGCAUCCUACCGCAGUACCAGCGGUACUGCCCGCUGAAUGCAUCUUCAAGGCUCCUCCGAGAGCAUCUACUGUGCUUGCCGAGUACACAGUUGCGCAAACUGGCUCGAGGCACUCCGCCGUCAGGGCUUCGCAGGUCCAGAUGGCCGAUACCGAGGAGACGCCGAAUCCAGGUUCUUCUGAACGCCCUCCACUAAUUGUGCCAAUGGAGUCGAGAUGGACCCACGGCUCAAGUAUAGUGGACGGAACACAGUCUAAGACUCCACACCCGGAUACUCACUUCACUGCAGCGAAGCGGCCGCAAGUCACGCAUCAACCGUCAGACUUAUCACAACAAGGCUCGAGCGGCAGUGUCUACUCCAUCACGGGAAUGAGGAAGGCUAUCCGAGCAACGCUAACUAGCAAUAAUUCACAGGCAGAGCUCAUAGCCCGUCAGACGCAAGCUUUACCGCCACCGCCAAGCGAAGGGCGGGCGAAGGGCUUGCCACCAUACAAACGAGGGCCGCCGUCAUUUGCAAUCAUUCCUGCGAAGCGGGCAAGCAGCGACAAAGAGAAUCAAAGUCAUUCUCCGCUGUAUGCCAGCGACGCCCACAGGGCAAACCCAGCGUUGAGCAGCAGAAAGCGUCCUUCGGCGGAAGGCGGCUCCUCAGUGUCUUUCAAGCCACCAGGGUCAGCCAGGUUGCUAACGAAGUCGCCUCCUUUGCGAAUGCGCCCCUCUCGUCCCAAAAUCCUGCAGUGGUUCUCUCGACGCUCGCGUGAGCGGUCACACGAUGCAGCGGAGCCGACGCCUUCCAAACCUCGCUACGUGGCACGCGAUCCGCGCGGAGAGUACCCAGACCUGGAAGAGCUGGCCUCAUUCCUCCGGCACUUCCGUGGUCGACGAAAGCGCCGUUCGUUGGAAAUCCGCCAGGCCCUUGCGACAUUGCCAGCACUGCAGGAGCUUACUGCAUUCUACAAGGCAUCAGGCCGGGAUCGUCUUUGCCUCAAUAACGGUGCCUUCUCUUACAACAUCGCACGUGCUGAUCUACUCAUCGGCGCCCCGUACCCGGCUUUUGACACAAAUACCCGCCUCAAGGCUGUCCGUCGCAAUUCUGCACCGAAAGCCUUCGUGCAACUCGAUCAGGCCGAUCAGGAUCAAGCGCGGUUCGAGGCACUAUAUGGCAAGCUACCGGACGAGGACCAGCUUCGCUUUGAAAGGUUGUACGGAUUCAAGCCGGUUAACAUUGUCGAAAGCAGCACGAGAAGCAACACAGACGCGACUCCACUGCGGCGGCGAUCCUUGCCAGGCCCAGUCGACCAGGGAGCGGCGACUUCCAACAUCCGCAGCUUCGAACAAGCAAAGAUUGAUCUACUGUGGCGUGACCUUCCUCCACUCCCACGCAACCAAUCUGACUCAGCUUCCAUCGCCAGGAUCCGUCCCCUCAACAACAACGCCGGCACCGCCGAGAGGAAUGCAGAAGACCCACCCUAUUUCCUCCCCUCAACCGCCUACAGCCCUCACGCCACCAACACACACAAACAGCAACCCGCUCCACCCCCCGCACCACCAUCACCACCACCCCCCCGCCCCCGCGUCAUCCUCCCCAAAAUCCCCACCCCACGCUGCCCCUCCCCCGACUUGAUCUGGAACCUCCCCUCCCACCACAAACCCAACUGGCCAUUCGAACGCCUGCACACCCACGCCUCAGCAAGCAGCAGCCUCUUCGCCGAGUCCCUGACCACCGAAGCCCGACGCACCAUCGCCCAAGACGCCGCCUUACGCAUGCUAGAAGGAAGAACCCGCUCCAAGCAGAUCCGGCAUCCAGCACAAGAUCGCGGGAGCGUGGCGUGGGCGAAUUGUGUCGCUUGUGGGCGGCCAAACGUUGCGGAAGAAGAGGAGGAGGGUGUGGGUGAAGGAGGGGAGGAGGAGGAGUCUGAUGAGAGUCCCGCGCCGUCGAUCGCGGGGUCCACGCUAGGACGUCCACGCAUGUCCUCGGGCAAGAUCUUCGCACUUGGCCAAGACGCGAUGGGGUAGAUGAGGCAUUAGAGUAGGAGCGACGGGGGAGGAUAUGGCCUAGGCGAUAAUCUUGUUACCCGUAGAAGCCUGCGUACGGAGUGGCUGGUGUUCGUGACAGUUCCGUGUGUGUGUGUGUGUGUGUGUGAAAAACAUCAUGCAACUGCUUGGAACUUUAAUGUUUAUGUCUGCUCACAGUUACGAUGCGAGCCGAUCUGUUCUUCUUCCACUACUGUUCUGUUCAAGUCAAAGGCCAGACAAACAUUACGGACGAUUUCGCACUCUUGAACACACGCUCAA